AUGGCGAGUAGCGAAGCUUCUGUGGUGGUCUUACGUUUCGGCCUCUUGGCCUUCAUCAGAGCUUUUUGCUCUCUUUUGAACGAAAUUAACCAUCUUUGUGUUGUCUCUGCAGGCCAGUUGGCUGUGGGCACCUGUGAGAUUGUGAUGCUCAACAGAGACAGCAGCGUGCCAAGAUGCACCAUCGCCCGUCAGACUGCCCGCUGUGCCUGCAGGAGAGGCCAGAUCGCUGGCACCACGAAGGCCAGGCCAGCCUGCGUCGACGUGCGUAUCGUAAGGAGUAGACAGUGGUGUGAGAUGGCACCCUGCUUGGAGGGAGAGAUGUGCGGCCUCCUCUUCAACCGCUCUGGUUGGACCUGUACCAAAGGCAGUGGCCACAUCAAGACAGUCACGAGCCCCUGUCUGAACACAGUCCUUUCCCCUGUCACUUAG